CAACCCUACAGAGGGACCCACCUCCACAUCGCUCUCUCUUUCUCUCGCUCUCUUGGAAGGAGGGGGAGGAGAGCGAGCGCAGUUUGAGUUGCGCUCGCCGCUCUACGCCAGCCAGAGGUGUGUUUCGGCUCCACACUCUGUAUCUCUGCGUAGCAGCACCCAACCAUGCAGCCAGCCUGAGUGCCAUGUCCAACAGCUGUGUUGGCAAAGGGUUACCGCUCAUCUGAAGGGAAGGUAGCGUCUUGCUUUGAGGAGGACAGAAGAUAAAAGAAGACUGACCAGUUGCAGAGAGAGAGAGAGAGGGGGGGAUAUAACUGAAAGCCCCCUCCUCGCCUCACUAAACAGAGCAAAAACGGAAGGCUUUGGAGUAUUCAAUUUUUUCUUUCGUUUUAUAUUUUUCUUAUUCCUCAUCGCAGUGCUGGGAGGUGCUUCAUCUUUUCAUAUAGUCUCUCUCUCCGUCAUUUGCCUCCUCAUCUAUUUCUCCAUCUACCUGGUGUACAAUUUCUUAUAUUUAUGAGUGAGAUAGAGGGGAAAGAAGGGAAUUUUGUUUUUCCAAUUUUUUUUGCCCUUUCUUUCUCCCUCUUCACUCUUCCUUCUUCUCUUUUCACCAAACCAUAUCAUUCCUGUCAUUCCCUCCUUUGCAUUUCACAUCAAAAUGCUGCUCGUCAGGUCAUCAUACCCCAUCCUACGCCUCUUUCUGUGUCUAAAGUCUGAUGAUUAAUGAUCUUGGAUGAUUUUUUUUUCAAAGACAACUAAAAAACUCCUCAUGAAUGACUAUUUUUCCCCCCCUUUUCCUUCUCUUUUGGUCCCCUCCACACCCAUUUCUUUUGCAUCACACUCUUGCGGGAUUCUUAAUUGUUACUCUAGAAAAGAGUUAAUUAGACGAGGAGCGGGCCGGCAAGCCGAGGAUCAUGACUGGCUAAAUUAAGCAAAGGCACAGAGCGACAGAAGAAGGAAUAGAGGGAAGCAGGAGAAGAAGAAAAAGACGAAGAGUACGCGCACAUAUACACACACUGCUGCUCAUCUCCUCAUCUCCACGGCAACAGUAUUCACACACUUGCAGACUUGAGGAAGGAGACCUGCAUCACCAACUUUGGAGGAAGAGGAAAGACAAUCAGAUGGAAAAAGACGAAUGAAAGUCCGCCCGUUCGACACUCUCCGUUCGCCAUAAUUCGGCUUUUCUUCCCCAUAAGAGUGCUGACAUUUUGAGUUGAUGAUCCAUUUUUAAAUUCCUCUAAAACGCUCAGUGAAAAGCAUUUUUUCAGCCAGUUUGGAUCUGGUUCUUUGCAGAUUAGACUUUUUGUUCUUGGUUUUUUAAACCUUCCUGCUCUCCCCCUCCCCACCACCACCACCACCACUACCCCCUCACACUGAUAACAGCCCAAGCGUCACCCCUCUCCACCCAUCAAGCACAACUCUGCUCAUCCCUCAGCCUGCUAGACCUCACUUUUCAGCCCUCCGCGUGUGCCUUCGUCUGUCCACCAUCCCUUCAUCCGAGGCUAUGAGAGGAGGAGUCGAAUCCCAGAUCACUCCAUCAUGCCAGUUCUGAAGAGUAGAGAGGAGAUCCGGGCUGGCAAUGUUCAAGGGACGGCAUUUACACUCCUCCACAAUGCUUGUCAGCCUCCACCGUUCUCACUCCCAUCUUCAGGACAAGCAGUUGAUCUCCCCCUCCUCCUCCUCCCCCCAUCCUCCCUCCCCUCCUCCAGACCGGUCAUCCUAUCACCCUUAUCCAUGCCCUCGGCUGACGCUGCCUUUCCUCUCUCUGUCCUUCGCUCUGCUCCUCCUCUCCAUUGUCCUCUUGCCCGUCUGCGAGUCCCGCAGGGGCGGAGGUCCAGGAACUGGGCCUGGAGGUUCCCCAGGGGGACAAGGAGGCCAGAGGGGAGGCAGCAACCAGAGGGGUGUAGUUAUCCCUCCGCAUUACUCCCCCGGCUCUCCAGCACUUCCCCCCAUCAGUCCCAAGUUGAUCAACUCGCUCAGCAUUGCUGUCAUCCUGGUGGGCAACUCUAGUGAAGUAGCCUUGGGGGCUGGACUUGAAAAGGAGGACUUCCUCCACAUCCCGUAUCCUCCCAAAGUCGAGGUGGUCACCAUGAACGAGACCGACCCCAAAAGUAUCAUCAAUCGGAUCUGCGCACAAAUGACAAGGAACCCACUGCAAGGCGUCGUGUUCGGUGACGACACAGAUCAGGAGGCCAUCGCUCAGAUCCUGGACUUCAUCUCUGCACAGACACACAUCCCCAUACUGGGCAUCAGAGGAGGAUCUGCCAUGGUCAUGGCUGCUAAGGACGACCACUCCAUGUUUUUCCAGUUUGGUCCAGCCAUCGAGCAGCAGGCCUCCGUCAUGUUGAACAUUAUGGAGGAGUAUGACUGGUACAUCUUUUCCAUAGUCACCACGUAUUACCCUGGUUACCAGGACUUUGUCAACAAGGUCCGCAGCACCAUCGAGAACAGCUUUGUAGGCUGGGAGCUAGAAGAAGUCCUCCUACUGGAUAUGUCCGUGGAUGAUGGCGACCUCAAGAUUCAGAACCAGCUAAAGAAACUGCAGAGCCCUGUCAUUCUGCUCUACUGCACAAAGGAAGAGGCUACCACUAUUUUUGAAGUGGCUCAUUCUGUGGGCCUCACAGGUUACGGCUUCACCUGGAUUGUGCCCUCGCUUGUGGCUGGUGAUGCAGACCACGUUCCCUCAGUCUUCCCCACAGGGCUUAUCUCAGUGUCAUAUGACGAAUGGGACUACAACAUCGAGGCCAGGGUACGCGAUGCAGUGGCUGUCAUUGCUACGGCAACCUCUACCAUGAUACUGGAUCGAGGGCCACACACCAUGCAGAAGUCAAGCUGCCUCGGGACACCUGACAAGAAGAGCUCAAACACCGGACACUCCAAGGAAAUACUGAAGUACCUUAUGAAUGUGACAUUUGAAGGCCGAAACCUGUCAUUUAGCGAAGAAGGCCACCAGAUGUUUCCCAAGCUGGUCAUCAUUCUUCUAGAGAAGGACAGACAGUGGGACAGGGUUGGCAAAUGGGAGAGAGGCUCCUUGACGAUGAGGUACCACGUUUGGCCUCGCUUUGAGCUGUACUCAGGAGCGGAGGAGCGUAAGGACCACCUGUCCAUCGUGACUCUGGAGGAGGCGCCGUUUGUAAUUGUGGAGGAUGUGGACCCGCUCAGCGGGACCUGCAUGAGGAACACUGUGCCAUGCCGCAAACAGCUCAAACUAAGCAAUCAAACAGGUGAUUCAGGGAUUUACAUCAAGCGCUGCUGCAAAGGUUUCUGUAUCGACAUCCUGAAGAAAAUCGCCAAGACGGUCAAGUUUACUUAUGACCUCUACCUGGUCACCAACGGCAAACACGGCAAAAAGGUUAAUGGGACUUGGAACGGCAUGGUUGGAGAGGUAGUGGAUAAGAACGCCCACAUGGCGGUGGGUUCGCUCACCAUCAACGAGGAGAGGUCAGAGGUCAUCGACUUCUCUGUGCCCUUCAUUGAGACGGGCAUCAGUGUCAUGGUCUCCCGUAGCAAUGGGACCGUCUCCCCGUCGGCCUUUCUAGAGCCCUUCAGUGCCGACGUCUGGGUGAUGAUGUUUGUGAUGCUGCUGAUCGUGUCGGCAGUGGCUGUGUUUGUGUUUGAGUACUUUAGCCCGGUGGGUUACAAUCGCUGUCUGGCAGACGGACGAGAGCCCGGCGGCCCCUCCUUCACCAUCGGUAAGGCCAUCUGGCUGCUUUGGGGUCUGGUUUUCAACAACUCUGUCCCUGUGCAGAAUCCCAAAGGCACCACCAGUAAGAUCAUGGUGUCAGUGUGGGCCUUCUUUGCUGUCAUCUUCCUGGCAUCCUACACUGCCAACCUGGCUGCCUUCAUGAUCCAGGAGGAGUACGUUGACCAGGUGUCAGGCCUGUCAGACAAAAAGUUCCAGAAGCCUAACGAAUUCUCGCCGCCGUUCCGGUUCGGCACAGUGCCCAAUGGGAGCACAGAACGCAACAUCCGCAACAACUACCGGGACAUGCAUGCCUACAUGACGAGCUUCCACCAGAAGAAUGUAGACGAAGCCCUGUACAGUCUGAAGACUGGCAAAUUGGAUGCCUUCAUCUAUGACGCUGCAGUGCUAAACUACAUGGCUGGCAGAGAUGAGGGGUGUAAGCUGGUCACCAUCGGGAGCGGCAAAGUGUUUGCCUCCACCGGAUACGGCAUCGCCAUUCAGAAAGACUCAGGGUGGAAACGGGCUGUGGAUCUAGCUAUUCUGAUGCUAUUUGGAGAUGGUGAGAUGGAGGAGUUGGAGGCCCUCUGGCUGACGGGCAUCUGCCACAAUGAGAAGAACGAGGUGAUGAGCAGUCAGCUGGACGUGGACAACAUGGCAGGGGUCUUCUACAUGCUCGGGGCUGCCAUGGUUCUGUCAUUCAUCACCUUCAUCUGUGAACAUUUGUUCUACUGGCAGCUGCGCUUCUGCUUCAUGGGCGUGUGCUCUGGAAAGCCCGGAUUCACCUUUUCCAUUAGCAGAGGUAUCUACAGCUGCAUCCAUGGAGUUCAAAUCGAGGAAAACAAGUCCACCAUAGACUCCCCCUCAUCCACCAUAAAGAAGAACAUGAACAACACUCACUCGAACAUCCUGCGGUUGCUCCGCACUGCCAAGGACAUGACUGCCGUUCCGGGCGUUAACGGCUCUCCACACGCCGCCCUGGAAUAUAGCCACAGCGGCCGUGAGUCGGCUAUAUACGAUAUCCAGGAGCACCGGCGCAGCCUGGUGGGUCACCCUGUAGACUGCAAGUCUGCGCCACCCUACAUGCCAGAGGACAACAUGUUCAGUGACUACAUCAGCGAGGUGGAGAGGACUUUUGGCAACUUGCCCCUGAAGGACAGCAACUUGUACCAGGACCAUUACCGGCACCACCACCCGGCUCUGGGUAUGUCCGGCCCCCCGCCAAAUAGGCCGCGUAGCUUAGGCAGCGCUAGCUCGUUGGAGGGGGGCAUGUUCGAUUGCGACAGUUUGGGGGGAGGGGUAGCGCCUAUCUUCACCACCCAGCCCCGCCCCUCCAUGACUCACAGGAAUACCAGUAAAUUUGACCUGAUCGCUGGCCACACCCCUGCGGAUUCCAGCCAGGGUGGGUUCAAGGGCAGCAAUGUGUACGGCAGGUUUUCUUUCAAAGGAGGUGCAUCCAGCACGGGGCUCAUCGGGGGGCAUGACAGGUACUGUGGGGGUGGGGGAGGCUCAGGGGGUGACGAUGGGAACAUUCGCUCUGAUGUGUCGGAUAUCUCCACGCACACCGUCACCUACGGCAACCUGGAAGGAAACGCCAAGCGGCGUAAGCAGUACAGGGACAGCCUGAAAAAGAGGCCAGCCUCUGCCAAGUGCAGACGGGAGCAGGACGAGAUAGAGCUGAGCGGCUUCAGGAGGAGACCCCACCACCACACCGUCCACCACCACUUCCCCCACGGGCCCCAGGCACACCGCACGGUCUCACCACCCCUGGAGCGGAAGAGGGGAGGAGGAGGGGGUAAUGCUUCACCUUACUUAUUCCGCAGGGAUAAAGAGAACCUGAGGGAUUUCUAUGCGGACCAGUUCCGCUCCAAGGAGGGCAAGGCCAUGUGGGAGCAAGAGGGUGGAAGUGGUGUGGGCGGUGGUAGCGGUGGUGGUAUCUGUAAAAGCUUAGUACCUGUGGAAGACUUCCUCAAAGGUAAAGAAAAGAAAUCGGAUGGGCUUGGUCCGGUGUCAGCAGGGCAGCAGGCCCACACCUGCUGGGAAAAGGGGGUGUCAGGGAUAGGAGGGGGUGGCAUAGCAGGGGGUGACUGGGAGUGUCGUAACUGCCACAGUGUGUGCCACCAUAGUGGAGGAGGCAGUACUUGUCCAGUUAGUGGAGUUGGGGGGACCAGCAGUCGUCCCAGCUCCGCCACAUCCAAACGCUGUGACUCCUGUAAGAUUCAGCCGAGCAACCUUUAUAACAUUAGUGAGGAUAACAACAUGAUGUUCACUGGAGUUAAGGGUAGCGUAGGACCCAGCCAAACACAAACUCAGGCACAGCGCAGGAAGCUAGGGCCGGGCGGGAGGGUGUUACGGAGGCAGCACUCAUACGACACAUUUGUGGACCUGCAGAGGGAGGGGGCAGGUCGCAUGGGGAUGGGUGGGGGCGUUGGGGGACAGUUUCAACAGCCCCGGAGUGUGAGCUUGAAAGACAGAGAUCGCUCCAUGGAGGGCCCCAGCCCUUAUGCUCACAUGUUUGAGAGGUAUUCAGGUGAUAGAGAGUCUCCCAUGUUUGGAGGGAUAGGCGGGGAUAGGGCCAAGGGAGGCUCCUCUUGCAGUUUGUUCCGUGGAGGCGAAGGUGGGUUGCAUCGGCGGUCGGUGGGGGAAAGAGACCUGAGGGACAGAGAUAGAGCUAUGAUGGGAGGUGGGGGCUGUGGUGGUGGUGGUGGUGGUGGUGGUAGCAGAGGGGCCGGGACUUACUCCUUGUCUAAAUCUCUCUACCCAGAUAAGGUGAACCAGAAUCCCUUCAUCCCAACCUUCGGCGACGACCAGUGUCUUUUACACGGUGCCAAACCGUACUACAUCAAAAAGCCACAGACGCAGCAACAGCAGCAGCAGCAGCAACUUCUCAACAACAGCCGAGGAGGAGGGGACUUCCGCAGCUCCAUGGGAGCAACUUCCUAUUUGCCCGCAUCCGCCACAGCUGGGGUGAUGUCCAAUGUGGCCCCCAGGUUCCCCCAAGAGCUGUGUCUGGGCGGGGUGGGAGGGCCCAUGGGGAACCACCACGGGGGCAACAAGCUACUGCCUGGGGGCAGGGACACGUUAGGUUUGGGGCAGGGACAGAGACCAUUCAACGGUGCCAGCAAUGGACACGUUUAUGAAAAGCUCUCCAGCAUUGAGUCAGACGUUUGAGAGCGAAGACAGUGGAAGAAAGAGAGAGGCGAGAGGGAGGAGUUGAAGUGGGCGAAGAAAAUGAGGGGAAGAGGAAAAAGCAGAAACAGCACAGGCUGAUGACCUCUCUGCGUGAAGAAAAUGACAAGGCACAAUUGUGUGUAUGUGUGUGUGCGCGCGCGCGUGUGUGCUGUUCUCACUCCACUAAAUGGAAAGAAUUUGGACAAUGCACACAGGCCACUGCCGGCUAAGCUGUGGUGAAGUCCGGCGGGAGACAAGUUUUUAAUGAGAAGAGAGGAUUCUGGUGCUGCUCCGAUGCUCAGUGAAAGAUCUAAAGGGAGGGAGGGAGGAAUGGGAGGGAAGUAGUAGGGAAGGGGGGGUGAAAUCAAAUUUCCAGCCUCUGCUCUCGUCACAUGCUCUUUGUCUUUCCCUCCCUCCUGCAGCUCCUCAACACCAAAACAAACGUUUUGUUUAGCAACGGAAAUACAAUCAUGAAUGAGAAAUCAACACUUCUGCUGAAGUAACAGGGUACACUAACAAUAACUGUAUUGAUAAUGUUAAUAAUAUUAUUGAAUAUUAUUCCAGUGUUUAAUGAUGAUCGGUUUGGAUUGUUUUUAAAGUUUAUUUAUUUGAAUAGUUCAUGUUACAUAUUUGUAUGAUGUUGAUUCUUUCUUAGCUUACCAAUUUACAGGAGUCUGAUAGACCCGAUGUCGGUACAGAUCUUUUUUUUCGUGGGGGGUGAGGGUGAGGGGGGGUUCCUGUAAUUUGGACUCUUCUUUGCUAUCAAUUCUUCAUGUUUUUUGUUUUGUUUUCUUUUACUUUUUUCACUUUUGAUUGCCGUGAAGUGUACGUGAAAGGCAUGAUUUGCUGAGUACAUCGUGUGUACUUGGAAAAUUUGCAAAGGUCUUUUUUUUCUCAGCUGCAGAAACGACAUCAUCAUACUGAUUUGCCGUUUUGCUGUCAUUUCUUUCUGCCUGGCAGUUCCAAAUGGGUCUCACAUUUUGAGCUGGAUGUGCCUUAAAGGACUAAUACUGAUUCUCCAUCUAUCUUCUGUUGGAAAGACAGAUUCACCUGCGAGUAAUUAAUCAAUUGGUUUGAAAACUGAACAUCCAAGUCACCAUUUCCAAUACGAGAGCAGAGUUCGAGGUGUUUAGCUGACUGUAUAACACAAUGCUAGACACGGAGGAAGCUUAAAUUUGCACUUUGAUCCCCGACCAAUAAAAGAAAGCAGCGGCAGGAUCGCACAGUUUAAAUGCAGAAUCGUCUUCUUGUAUUAACGCCACAGUUAAUCUAACCACAAGUAAUUUUCCUUGAAAUCAUUUACCUCCACAAGCUUCAUCACUCCUCCCCUCCUCAUAACAGAUGACCCAGAAGUCAACUAUCCAUUAAUCAUGUGUAAAUCGUAUUUAAUGUCCUCUUGUUGCUGCCGUGGCGUUUCAUUGGGUCUGGCUCAAUUGGCCGUGACAGUUUUUCUGUUCAGGACAGGAACAUAAUGGACUUUCAGAGAGAGGCCUCUGUUUCUGGUAUGAGCAGUUAAUUUUUUUAUGAUUACUGUUACAAGCCUUGCCUGCCACAUUAGAUAGUCACAUUUGAGGAAUGGCAAGUGGGGUUUAUCGCUGUAUUGUGCAGGUGUCAACGACCACAGCGGGCUCGUGAAUUUUUUUUAAUACACAGUCCCACAUAAUUAUCUCAUAACUCAGAACAGUGCCACCGCAGUUUAAAAGACACUUUUCAGAGGAUCUGUACAUUUAAAAAAAAGUUUGCAGUCAUCUUAGCUGAGCAUAAAGAUUGAAGAUAACAAGGGGAAGUAGCUAACCUGGCUCCAUCUUGGAAUAAUAAAAUCCACAUAUCAGUGCCUCUAAGGCUCACUAAUAACAUGUUGUAUCCUAUUAGUUUAAUUAUCUCAAAUUGACAUAAAUACUUUUUCAGAGAGCUUGUAAGCUGUUGCCAUGCCAGAAACUUCCAUUUUUAGCACAUCCAGCCAAAGGUCCAAUAAGCUUCUGCCACGGAAAAGCAUCCAUCCACAAUUCAAAAGAAUCGCUACUCCUCCGAGAGUAUUAGUUAGAUUUCAGUGAAAUGUGCACACAGUGAUCCCCUAAUCAAUCAUCCAGAUAGUGCUCAAGGUCAGGGUCACAUUUGUAGGGCUCAUAAGCCUACUACAUCAUUGAUGUUCUGGUUUAUUAGCAAGACAGUGACUACUGUUUUAUACUCCUGUUUUGAAGCCUUAAUCCUAGUAUUAUUGAACUCAUCGUCUGUUUUUAUUUCUUUCUGGGAGCAGAAGUGACUGUUAGCAUGGUGAAUCUAUUCACUGGACAUAUAAUUCAUUGUAGGCAUACUGCUUUUUACCUAUAAGAGCUCAGUAACAUAGAAAUAAAAUACCACAUGGUUUGGACAGUUUGUUACAGCAUGUGCUUUCUUUACUAAUAUUAUUAAAAUUGCUUCAAAAGCCACAAAAACUGUCAAAAUGUCGGGUUUACUGAAUUAGCUGAAGUUAACCCUAGCACACAGCUAGUAGCCUAGCUUAGACUAGCCCCUCCCCCUGUCAUUCCAAACAGCAAAUUAUGUGUUGGCUAACUAUAAGAUUUUAUUAAAUUUAAAUGGAUGAGUUAUACAAAAGAACCUCUUCCAAUUUAUAAAAGAAAAAAUAAGCUAUAAAGACCAAAAACUGUUAUUUUUUAAAUAAAUUUAUUUUUUAUGUAAAGUCAGCCAACUUAAUAUGGAAGUCUAUAGGAAAUUGUUUACCUCGAAACGCCAUUAAAGGAACUACAAAUCAAAUUCAGCUUCAUUUUUCAGCCCUGGGCUUGCUGGUUGGUCUCCAGUUUAUGCUAACCCAAGCUAAUUGACUGUAGCUUCAUAAUAUCAACCUUCUAAUCUACAUUAGCAACAUGUCAGCUUUUUCCUCCAGGUUAUUAUCCUGCAGUGGACCUGGAUAUAUAAUAAAUGUACCCCUCUGUGCUCUCGGUCAUCCUUUCUACACUCAUCAUUAACAAAUCCCUCAAAUAAAACAUAAAAAAGAAAUCUCAGUAUGUACUGUAGCCCUGAUUUAUCCCUCCACCCGGCCCUAAUCUGUUUCACAUGCUGAGAUUUUUGAUGAAGAAGAGAAUUGGCCCUCAAGUUCAAGGUCCUGUGUGGAUUGUGUCAACUGCAGACUUUUGUAAGGGGGGAAAACAGAGUAAAGAGAUGUAGGCGCACUAAAAUAAGGUGGGACGCUGUGUGAAAAACACCACCUUUAUUAUCGAUUGACUUAUUUUUAUGUUGCUAAAAAAAAAAACAGGCAGCUUCCAAAUCCACAUCAGACACUCAGAUGAUCUCUGCUCUGACUGAAUAUGAAGGUGAAAACUAAGUUGUGUAUUUCCUAAGUUUCCUGCUCUCUCUGUCCUUUAAAUUGUAUUAUUAUUCAUGAAAAGUAUAUUCUACUUAAAGUCACUGGUCCAGUUUGACUUGAAGUCAUGUUGCCAAACCAAAUUUUGAUAUCUACAAAGCACAAUCCUGUCUGAAUGGAUCUAAUACUUAGUUUGUAGAACAUCCCGGUCAAUUUUUUAGAAGACUUUCCUUCCCUUGGUGGACAAGUCAGUAUGUAUGAUACAAGGGUGAUGAUGAGGGGCGGGGGGUGUCCAGUGUUUGUAAGCACUUGCAUGUAUACACUUUUCUUUAUUUCUGUUUUUUAACUUUCAAUUUUAGCCCAAAAAAUGUGUGUUUUUGAAUGAUAUUUGGAAUUUUAUCACUUUCACUGGUACUGAUGAUCCAUGUAGUACUAUAGGUGUGUGUGUGUGUGUGUGUGUGUGUGUGUGUGUGUGUGUGUGUGUGUGUGUGUG